AUGGAUAUUUUACUGGGCACAGCAAUUCGUAAGCGUGCAUUGAUAUGCAAAGAUAAUGACGGUGUAACACCAAUCCAUGCGGCUGCAUCCAGAGGACAUUUGGACUGCUUGACAGAAUCUAUUAAACUCAUUAAGUUCAAUGACAUAAAUGUGCUCGACAAGAAAAGCAGGUCUAUCUUUGCUUGUAUCCUUUCGUAG